CGUAAGCGGAAGCCGGAAGUUGAGUCCAUCGAUAGUCCAUUCGGAUGCUAGCGAACGGCUUGAAAUGGGUUUUUGAACGCGAACGGAACACAAUGAGCUCGUAUUUGAUGCUGUUUCUGCUGCUGCUGGACAUUUACUCCAAAUGUGUGAUCGCGUAUCUGAGCUCUCCUCACGUGGGUCAGGAGCCGGUGUACACAGCGCAGCAGAGCCCGGUGAUGAGCAGCUCGGUGGCCCUGACCGCUUCCUCCGCUGCUCCAGUGGUGACCGAUAGCUACCUGUCCAGGUGUCCCAGCGGCGCUCUGUGCUCCAGACUCCCAGCCGACUGCAUCAUCUGCGCAUUUCAUCACAACUGCAGCUACGGCCGGCCGGCCAACUUCACCUGCAGAGCUAAAGCAGGCGUUCACUGUGUGAGCGAGCAGAGUCGGCCGCAGCAGAACUUCACGCUGACGCUGGACUGUCGCUUCUGUUGGCAGCUGGAUCCGUCACAGUACCGCUGCUCGAACUCCACCGGCUGCAUGACGGUGUCCUGUCCACGCAGACUCUAUAACGCCAGCUGUGAAGCUCUGGAGCAUGUGCACUGCCUCGGGAAGCGAGUGUUUCAGAAGCGUCUGUUCUGUAACUGGACAGGAGGAUAUAAGUGGUCCAGGGCUCUGGCCCUCAGCAUCGCUCUGGGCGGCUUCGGAGCGGACCGCUUCUAUCUGGGCCAGUGGAGGGAAGGUCUGGGGAAGCUCUUCAGCUUCGGAGGGCUGGGCAUCUGGACGCUGAUCGACGUGCUGCUGAUCGGUGUGGGAUACGUGGGGCCGGCCGACGGCUCUCUCUACAUCUGAGGGUCCUGCGACUCUUCCAUUCCAUUUCACACGCGUGUGGCGUCCAGACUCCCAUCUGCUCCCGAUGCCUUCCGAGGAAGACUGUGAUGAAGACGCUUUAUGGUUUGGAGUCUGAAACAUGUACAAUAUGUAUCUAAACUCGUCUGUGUAAUAUUACUGCUGUAUGUGUAUAUAUGAGAGUGAGUCUCACGGUUGAUUUCUGAUUAAAACUCACCUGUUUUCACAGAUUCUCGCCUGUGUUUGG